GGCCUACUCAAUCCAUCAGGUGCCUUUGAUGGCUAACAUAAAAAUAUCAAGAUUACCUGACUUUAUCUAACAAUCUGCGUUUUGACGAUGCAAACGGACAACAAAGAUGGAUGUAUUCAUCUGCUCUACUGUUUUCAACCUUUCCAUCUAGGCGAUUUGUAUUUUUUUUUCUUCCUCCUGUAGAUUAUUCGACACAGACAAUUCAUUACAUACCUGAUCUCAUUUCACAUUAUCCUUCUCGACACUACAUCACAAUGCGCUGGCGCCGAAUAGCUCAACCUGCUAAUCAACUAGAAACACCCGACCUCAAUGAGGCUGGAUACCUUGUCCCGGAGACGGCGCGAACUCGACAGGAACGGCAACUGUACAGGCGAGACUGGUUGGCCGCAAGAAUCAGAAGAGGAGCGUUUGGAAAGAAGAAGGAGGACAGGCAGUUCAUGCUGAAAUUCCUCUUGUUUGAGAGAGACAAUGCCGACGACGAAGAAUGGGGCCCAGUCCGAAUGCUCGGGUCCGGGUCUUACGGACACGUUGGACUCUGGCAGAAACGCGACGGUACCAAUAAAAUUGUGGAUGAACUGGCUCUCAAAGAGGAUGACAUGGACGAGAUUUUACAAUGGAGAGAGGUUGAGUACGCCGGCUUUGAACGCUUGCUGAAGGAAGUUGUGAUUCAAAAGGACCUCAACUUCAAGGACGAGAGUGUGGCGCCACAUGUGCGAGGCUACAAGUUCAUGAUAGACAAGCCCGAUCGGUCCGUCGGGAGGUAUCGUACGUACCUCGAGUACUGCGGCCACGGAACCCUGGCACGGCUGGUCCGCGCAUAUCGAGCGUGGGACACACAUCUUCCCGAGGUCUUUAUCUGGCACGUCUUCUACCGACUUGCCAGUUCGUGCGAGGCGCUGCGCGAUACCCCACCACCGGACAGUCUGGCGUGGCCAUGGCUCAUGACCAUGGAGGACCGCAGCGAUGGAUACUGUAUCCACAUGGACAUCAAACCGGCCAACAUCCUUCUAGAUUACGCCCCGGAAGAUCCCCAGGAGCACGACUUUCCCCAGACCAAGUUGGGAGACUAUGGGAUUGCCACCUACACCAGCAACGAGGACCCGUUCAACCCUUCCCAGUACUGGUGGCGACGAACAGAUCAAUAUGCACCUCCGGAACAACUUUCUUACGGAGUUCAUUGGAAUAUCCCUGCAACAGGGGGGUGGACGAGGAUAGACGAUGAUAAAGGCCGUCGACUCAAUUACAAACAAGCCAAGCUGAUGCAAAAGAAAAAGCACAAUGGUCCUGGUGACGACCACGAUGUUCUUUUCGAUCAUGCACUUAAUAUUUACGGCGUCGGUGCGACGAUGCUCAAUCUCCUCACCCUCCGUGGCCGAGAGGACAUUCGUCACACGCGUGCUCGCACCACCCAGGAGUUCAAGCGAAACGGCAACCACCAGCUCUCGGGAGUCAGGACCAAGAAGCCGGGCGUCUACAGCAGCCGCCUCCGUCGUCUGAUCCAUCGAUGUCUCGACCCCAAUCCGGCCGCACGCCCGACGCAACUCGAACUGCUCGACGAAACACGGUUCGGUCUUCGUCUGGCCGAACGGAGACUGCUAAAGGCUCGGAGCGAAGCCCGAGCAACAGCAGCAGCGGCUACGCUUGCUCCCAACAACGCCGCCACCAACAACAACGCAGCAGCAGCAGCAGGGGCCGCCGACCAAAAUCACGACGAAGUGCCCGAGCACUCGGAAAAGGUAUUUUUCCAGGGUCACGAAAUCAACGACAUGCCUCUGGGUGACGCCCACUUCCGUCCCAAAGCCUGGGAGAUUACGUAUCUGAUGACCGGAGAGUUCGUCAACCCGGACGUUCGCCGCCUUCGACUCCCGAUGGAAAAGUACGGACACUUCCCACCGAAUUGGUUCGAGCCGGAGAAUGACUGGAAAGCACUCUACGACCGGUCGGACAGUGGAAGGAGAUGGUUCAAAGAUCCUCGGCCACAGCCGCAGCCCCAACCCCAACCCCAACAACAUCAGCAACAGCAACAGCAACAGCAACAAUCGCAACAGGGAUUACACCCGAUGCGACCGCUGUUACCUAUUCCGGCUCACUUGUUGGCUCAACCUCCGCCUCAGAUGAACCGCAGAUAUCCUGCGGGAGAUCCUAGAAACUUGCAACAACAGCCACGCCAGACCCCGUUACAGACUCAGCUACAACAACAACAACAACUGCCACAGCAACAGCAGCAACAACAGCAACCACGAUGUCAAACACGAUUACAGGCUCGGCUACAGCAGCAGCAGCAGCAGCAGCAGCCGCCCUAAACACUCGGC